UUAAACUCUAACUGCCAAUCAGCGAUGACAGGGACUCGCGGUUACUUCAAGUUGUUGUUUACUUUUGCCAGAAAGGACGCCGCAUUCAAAUCGGAUUAGACGCUCGAUAUUGGCCGUUUCCCGGAGUGGACUCUCCUCAGAACUGCAGACAAACGUGACUGCUCUAUACGUCCCGUCCGUUAAUCUCGUGUCACGAAAGUGCUGCAUUAUUGAAGUGGUCCAAGAUGCCGAUGAUACUGCGAUCCAGAAGGUCCAUCCGCCCCAGUCAGGAAAGUGACGAAGACUCAGUGGACACACCGCAGAGAAGGUCGGUCCGCCGGCACAGGAGAACCAACGUUACGUAUGAGGAAUCAGAUGAGUCAGACUCUGAGCCUGUCCAAGUGAUGGAGACACAACAAAGUCCCCCUGCUGAGCUGGAGGAGGAAACUGCUGAGGAGGCUGAUGUAACGGAACUGAAGUAUUGUAGUGUUGUGCUGGAGCGUCUGCGAGCUGAUGAAAAGGCUGCAGGUAAAGAGUUUGAGGAGAAAGAAGACAUGAACCGCAAAGGUGGGAAACCUGUCUCCAGAAUCCCCACUUUCCAUAAACGACCUACCAGCACAAAGGACCAUGAGUUGCCUGUUCCCAAAAAAGAUACCCCUGUCCAUGUAGCUGAGCCCCCCGAGAAAGCUGGGGCUGGGAGUGUGGAGGCAUCAAAGUUCAGGCUACCUGAUGUCAGAGAAACAGCACUCCCACUGCCAUCAGUCCGCGCCCCAAAAGUCAGCCUUGAAGCUCCUUCUCUGUUCAGCAGCACAGAACAAGCUACAGCAGCAGCAGUCCAUGUUCCCCAGACACUUAGUGCGCCCAAGAUCUUGAGGAUGUUUGAAUCUGCGCCGUUCUCUUCUAUGACUGCAAGCCCCAGGCCGGCCCUCAGACCAGAGCAAGGAUCGGAGCAACAUGAACCAGAGCUGGACAAGAGCAAAACGUUUGAAGUAGAAGCUGCCACCGCACAGGACGCCCCCAUAUCUCACCUUCCACACGAGGGCUCCAUCAGCCAAAAGCCAUUUGAAGACACAGAAGAGAAAUGCGACAUAGAGGUUGAAAGCAGGAUUACCCUCACGCCCUCUGGAGAUGCUGAAGAGACACAGUCUGCAGACAUCCUUUAUGCAGCUGAGGUCAGCCAAGAGGAGGCUAUUAUGGACGAACAACCACCGUGGGAGACGGAGCCGACAAACAUACUUGAACUUAAGGACAGUAGGUCUUCAUCGGAGUGUGAGGAUGAUUUGGAAGAUGAAAAAUCUGAGGGCCAGGAUUCAGGGGAGGUGAUGGAGCAUCAUGAACCACUUAUGAGCAAGCCGGAGAUUCCACAUUUUGAGGAGGAGAGAGCCGAUGUUGAUGAAUCAACUCCUGCUGUACCACCAGAGAAGCCUGCUAAAGCUCAGUCAACCAAUUCUGUCAAGCCCACUAAGGGGUCAGGAUGCUCCAGUUUUGCCCUCUUCUGCCUCCUGCCCACCACUUUGCUGCUAUUAGGGGGGUUUGGCCAGCAUGUCUGGCACUACGGGCUUCCCAUGUCUGUGGCUCAGCUCACAGCUCAGCUGGAACUGCACUUCCUGGAGGGCUUUGGCUUGGUACCAGAGCCUUGCAGCACUGAUUGUCGAGUGCACCUGGUGGAGAGCAUCCCUGUGGGUCUCUAUCCGUCCUCUGCCUCAUCCAGAGGGAGCAUCGCAGACAGCUGGUUACAUCUGCUGAACAAAGCCAACAGCUCAGUCCAUAUUGCUGCUUUCUACCUAACUCUACGAAACAGCGAUUUGGCGCGCUCCUCUGACCCUUCUGACUCUCAGGGAAAAAUGGUCUUUGAACAACUUAAACAACUUGAAUCCAAAGGGGUGAAACUCCAGAUUGCUGUGAACGCCCCCCAGACCUCAAGUGAAGAUACGGACGAAUUGGCUACAACAGGUGCAGAGGUCAGAGAGGUAGACCUCAAGGCUGUAACAGGAGGCAUUGUCCACACCAAGCUGUGGGUGGUGGAUCAAAAGCACUUCUACUUGGGUAGUGCUAACAUGGACUGGCGUUCUCUAAGUCAGGUGAAGGAGGUCGGCCUGUCUGUGGAGGACUGCAGCUGCCUGGCUCAGGAUGCCUUUCGGAUCUUCCAGGUGUACUGGAACAUCGGUGGUGCGGAUAACGGCUCCUUGCCGCUGUACUGGCCUGCUCGUCUCUCUGCCCUGUCCAGCGCCCAGAAUCCCCUGCGCCUAAAGUUCAAUGGAGUGCCUGCUCAGGUCUACCUGUCUAGCGCCCCUCCGCAGAUCUCAGCCCGUGGCCGCUCCGAUGAUCUCACUACCAUUCUGUCUGUCAUCGACGACGCCCAGAAAUUCAUUCACAUCUCUGUCAUGGACUAUCUGCCUAUGUCUGAGUUCACAGAGCCAAUCAGGUUCUGGCCCGCCAUCGACUCGGCCCUACGUGCCGCAGCCUGUACCAGAGACGUUCAAGUUCGAAUGCUGAUCAGCUGCUGGGAGCACUCAUCUGCCUCCAUGUUCACCUUCCUGCAGUCCCUGGUGGUGCUCAACAGGCCUCAUCUGAAAUGUGACAUCGAUGUGAAAAUCUUCACGGUGCCUUCAACAGCGAAGCAGAUGAAGAUCCCCUAUGCACGAGUCAAUCAUGCCAAGUACAUGGUUACUGACAGAGUGGUCUACAUCGGGACGUCCAACUGGUCGGAGAACUACUUCACCCAGACAGCUGGCGUGGGCCUGGUGGUGAAUCAAACUGGCUCUGAGGUUCCAAAAGGCAAAGAGACUCUGCAGAGCCAAGCAGAGGAGCUCUUCCUCAGAGACUGGACGUCUGAGUAUGCCAGCAGUCUCUCUGUUGACGAUAUGCAUGUCUGCCCUCGCCGUAGACACUGAGGGUUAGUUGUUUAAUAAAGCACAUUGCAUCGUAGAUGAGCAUCUUGCUUGCUCCUGCCACUUGAACUUUGACUUGUGCAGAAUCCGCUUGCUGUAUUGUGUGAAUGAACACGCUUUAUUUUAUUGCUGUUCCUUUACCGACUGCCUGUUUUCUUUGUAUAUAAUUGCGUUUUUAUAUUUGUUUCAAACAUGUUAUUUUUAUACUCUGUGGUUCUGACGAUUUUCUUACAUGAGCUAAGGUGCAGGGGAAUUCGCUUUGUACAAUUAAUUUCAUGCCUGGAGCAUUGUGUAUAUUUUCCCUUAAGAUGUCGCCGGCAAGCUUCAACGAUCUCAUGCAGGAAUUAAAACAUUCCAAAGAGGUGUAUACACCGUGUUUACACUGCUGGGGCUAUCAGCUGUUAUUGUUUAUGUGUAGUGAGACUAUGUAUGUCAUUCCAACAGUACAAGAUUGUUGUAAAUACUACCAGUUUUCCAUUCAUAGCUAACGGCUGGCUGACAAUCUGAAUGUGUACCAGAACAGACAGAUAAUAUCUCACUUCGAUCAGAGUGAGCAUGCUUUGUUUUUUCGAUAGAAGAUCUGUAUGUGGAAAAACCAAACACUUUCCUUGCCUGCCAUCUGUGUUUUACUGUAUUGAUAGUUACUAAAUAUUUCUGCCCUUCAUUACUACGGUUAUCUAUUAUAUGCUUGGCACCUGUUUGUGUUAUCAGUGGACAUGUUCCCUGACUAACAGAGCUGUUUACGGGAUGUCUCAAUGUAAAUAAAUAAUGCUUUUUUGUUCGUGAUCCUUGAGAGCUUCACGAGGACGAUGAAAGGAGUGAGACAAUGAUAUAGGAAUAGUUAUGGUAUAGAUAGUAUUGUAUCGGUUUGAUUGUGCAGGUUUUAAGACAUUUGUCUUUGAGGCCACAUGAUUACAACAGUGAAUGGGAUUUCAUUUGUGGUGCUAAAAACAUGGAAAACUUCCAUAAAACAGUCUAUAGUCAUUCUAGCUGCUCUGGUAGGCUGGGGUAGGAUUUUUGAAGUGGAGCAGUAUGAGGGAAUUGUCUAUAGAGUGUGUAUUUGUAUUAUUACCUGAUUCAAGUUGUAAAGCACAAACUAUCUGAUCAAGGCAGUGGUAGACCAGCAAGUUCUGUGUUCUGCAAAGUAAAAUUACUGUUUUGUCAAAGGAGUAUAGAUAACAGCUUCAGUUCCCAUUCAGAAAAGGCUGUCUGACAGUAAGGUGAAGUGAUGAAAAUAUUCUAAAUAUAGCAUACACUUAAACAGAUAUUGAUUUUUUUUUUUUUGGUGGUUAAAAUGUGUUUUGUUGCUGCCCCUGUCCACAGCAGCACAUUGCUUAGCUUCAGUGGCGGUACUUCUGCCUGCUUCUCCAAACUGGGGGCGUGCCGACUGACAUCUACUGUAGGUAAUACACUGACUAUGGUUAAGUGCCUCAUAACCAACCAAACCAUCCCUUUAAUGGUGCUUUGAGCUCAAUUUUAACAUGGUCACAUUAUAAGCUAACAUGCUAAUAUGAAAGAAAUACUGCACUCAUUUGUUUAUCAAUUACUCGUGUGUUGUAUGAAAAUUGUGUAGAAAAUUCUGUUUCUUGCAGGUCUCCACGGUGAACGGAGAAUCCAAAACAGGCAAACAUUAUUCAUGAAUUGAGGGAAACAGGGUUCACAUUUAACAAUAGCUAAACUAUAUAAGAACAUAGAUAUAUAAACUCUCACACAACUCUUGCAGUGCAACUAAAGUCUCAGUUAUCUAGUAGUAUGCUCAGGACUUCACAAACACAUGCAGUUUUGAAUGGGCCUGUGCACAAUCCUGGGCACAUAUACUGUAUAUACCCAGGCACACUACUCAGUUGUACUUGUGUUAAGUCAUAACAUUUUAGUGUAAAUGCAUGUUUGGUAAGUACUGAGCAUGUGACUUGGCACAUGAUACUUGUAUUAUACUGCAUGAGUUGUGUGACAGUUUGUAAACAGAUACAUUGAAAUAGUUUUGCUGUUGAAUGUGGAGCCUGAUUACUUCAAUUCAUGAGGAAUGUUCGCCUUUUUUGGAUUUGUUGUUCACUGUGGAGGCAUGUGAGAGAAACAAGUUUUAUAGGUAUAAUGUUUAGUAUUUUCAACAUCUUAGUUUAGCAUGUUAGCAUGCUAAGAUGUAUUUAUUAUGUCAAGUACUGGACACUUAGAGAUCCCCUGCAGACAUGUUUUUAGACAAAUAUUGUACUUGGCAUAAUAAUUUCUGUCUGAAAUGUUUUUGUUUAUUUAGAUUGUUAAAAAUGAUUUAUAUCUGCUCCUUCUCCCUUCUCACUGAACAAUCAGAAAUCUAUAAAUACAUAUUAUCGCAUACAUUAUUGCAAGGAUUGCUGGACCCGUGAUGUCACUGAGGUUUAGAAUGAGCAUAGAGAAACUGUCCUACACAGCAGAUGAAUAUGAAACCAGCCCACUAGUCUUUAACUGUACACAUACAUGGAUGAAAGGGGCUGGAUGAAAAGUCAGGAUUGUCAAAUUUAAAGAAUUUUAAGGGGACCAUGAAUGUCUGUUCCAAAUGUUGAGGCAAUUCAUCCAAUAGCUGUUGAGGUAUUUCACUGAAAACCACAAAUGUGAACCUCACAGUGGCGCUGGAGGAAGAGUCAGACAAUCACUAAGGUCGUUAGGAUUCACCCUCUGUGGACCAUGCAUAUCUGUGCAACACUGAAUCACAAGUAAAACAGUAGUUGUUUAGACGUUUUGUCUGGAUCACAGUGAUGGAUAUUUUCACCUCUAGAACCAACAGCAAGGCAAAAAGUCCACCAUCAUCAUCCUUUAUGAACAACCUUCAGACUUCUGUGUCAACAGACUUUACUGGAAUUACAUUACAUUUUACACCAUGUUCUGUGGACUAUACAGAGUAAUUGGCAAUAAGUGAAAAAUGUAAAUCAUCUGCACGGCUGGACCCAGCCAGCUAAGUGAGAAAAUGUUAUUUUUGUAAUUUGGGUGAUCUGAC